AGAAACAUCGUACAACUAGAUAUGGAAAAAUUACUCAUAAUCGCUGGCCUGUGCUGCCUUGUCGGUGCGGGAUUGGCUUCCUUCCAACGUCAGUCGAACCCGAUUCUGGGCAACUUUGUGCCUCGCAACUCGUCGGCUGACAGAGGCCGCUGUCAAGGUCAAACCGAUGGCACCCUUUUUCCGUCAACGAACUGCUCGAAUUUCGUCAAUUGCCAAGGAAAUCGCGAGGUAGAGGUAGCUUGCCUGCCGGAAGGUACCAUGUACGACUAUCAGCGUGAAGUAUGUGAUCACCCAGAGUUUGUGACCUGCUGGACAGAAGAAAAUCGUUGCACGGGCCGUGCAAAUGGAACCCUCAUCCCUGCCACAAACUGCUCCAACUUCAUCAUCUGCAUGAAUGAGCUAGAAAAUGAAGAGGUUACCUGCGCACCCGCUGGUACGCUGUUUGACUAUCAACGAGAAGUAUGUGACCAUCCAGAGAAUGUCCAGUGCUACGAAGGCGGUGCAUGCGCUGGCCGUCCCGAUGGUUCGCUGGCACCUUCGCGCAACUGCAGCAAUUUCUUCCGCUGUGAAAAUGAAGACAUCGCGGAGGAAAUCACCUGUCAGCCGCAGGGUACAUUAUUCGACUGGCAACGGGAAGUAUGUGACCAUCCAGAAAAUGUCGAAUGUGCUGAGUCGGGACCGACCGGAAACAGUACCGCUGCACCACCGCUGCCUACGGAAGAACCAACCCGUCCUCCCCUAGACCCAAGUGUUCCCGUGGAUCUCUGCCGUGGAGUUACUGUCGGUAUGUUGGAGCAUCCGACGGACUGCACGCGCUACGUAAUCUGUGUAUUGGGUCAACCCAACGUGCAGCAAUGUCCACCGAAUACCAUCUUUAUUGCAGAAUUAGCAACCUGCGGUCACGGUGAUCCAGUGACGUGUGUGGCCAGCGAAGUUUGGAUUACCGCCUACCGCCGUGCUACCUCAUACGUUCACUAA